AUGUUACGUCUAUCUUUGAAAGAUAAGCUAUCCAAAGUAUUUCAGCCUGCUGCUGAGGAUAGCAUAGAUGUUCUAUGGAACAAGUGUGUUGAAAUUGAGAAAGAUAUUCAGGUAAAUAUAGACAGAUACAUACACACAGCAGGUACUUGGAUAGCUACUGUACACAGACGAAUGGGUAUAGAUAAUACAUUUAAAUAUGUGAAGGUAUAAAUACAUAAAGUUUAAACGUGUUUUCUUAUCUGUUUUAGAGAAACAAAACAACUAAGAAGGACUGUAAAGAUUUAAGUUAACCCAUUGAGGCGCAUUGGACCCUACUUUAGUAUUUUACUCUGUCUAAUGCCAGACGAUUUUACUUGUCAAGGGGAGAGUGCUGGCACUUAAUGGGUUAAUUUUCAAGAGUUCUUAAGCCACUGUUGCAUAGAAAGUCACUACUGUUUCCAAAUCAGGAAGUGUGGUGAACCAAACUGUAAGAUUUGCAGGUAAGCAGUUUGGGUCUACAUGCAUUCUAUGGACUUUAACUUUAGUGAUCUAAUCUUUUUUAUUUAAAUGCCAUUUGACUUCCUUGGUAGACCAUUGAGAGGUCCAAGGAGGUGAAGAACUUGCCAUUCCCAGUGGAUGCUGGAAACGGUCAUUAUAAGCCAUUUGAUGAGGUAUAUGGCACAAAAACCAAAGAUGUAUGUACUGCAAACUUUGUAUGUCACUAUAUCUAUAUUGUCAAGUAAACUUUGUCUCUAAUACACAUUUUCUUUUUGACAGUCAUCCAAGCUUUUCGAACAUUUAAAACAUUUUUUUUGCUUAGAAAGAUUGUUAAUCAAAUUCUGUUAUUAUAGAAUCGUCCCAGUGCAACAUCCAGAACUAGUUCUCAAAGAAAGAAAAUGAACUUCUCGCCAUCGGUUCAGCAUGAUGAAAAACACAAGUAUGACGCUGCAGUGUGA